AUUAUGCUGACUCGCCAUCUUUCGCUCCAGAACAGUUGAUCGCUACGGAGCGUUAUAAUCUAGCAAUAUCUUCAAGCUUUUAUACCAGCUAGAUCUAACUAAAUUAGUAUAAUUUACCUGAAAAUUACAAUCAGAUGGCUGACGGUGAUAAACUUAACAUAGACAGCAUAAUAGCUAGGCUUUUAGAAGGUUUGUAUGAUUCUUUAAGUUAUUCUAUUGGGUAAAAUAGAGCAGAACGAGAAAUCGGACGCGUCAGAACAAUGUUUAUACUGAAAAUUUCAUUGUAUUGGUGAUAAUACACUCAAUUUAUAGCGUUAAGAAAAAAAAUAUCACCAAAGUAAAAUUUUACUUAAUCUCUUUGGCCGUUGAACUCGACCGAUUACCUGGCUGAAACAAGCAGCUGGGAAAAGGUGGACUAGUGAGCCAGAUACUACCCAAAGUAGCAUUGCAAUAACUAGAUCAAGAAACUACUCGGUAAAAACUGAUAUUGUAGAUAAAGUAGCAAAGGCUGAUGCGGUCUUUUUAUUAUAAAAAUGAACGAUCACAGUAAAAAGCGAUAGCUUUCUUUUUAAGGUCUGUUUAUCUUUUAAUCCGACUUAUGAGAUUUAUAUUAGAAUUAAUGUAUAUAUAUAUUAGUUUCUUUGGUGAGAGAUUUAUUGAAAUUUUUACAAUAUUUUUUUAUAUAUCACAAAGAAAAGAUGAUGGGAGUUUUAAAUUUAAAUUGUUACUACGCUGUCGCCCUCAUUUUUAGAGGGUCAAUGUACGCGCCAUUUUCCCACUCGGUAAUUAGGGAGACCCGGAACAUGGGCGGUGCCAAAUCUAAAAAUAUUAUCUUUGAAAUAAAUAAAUAUAUAGUUCGAGGUUCUAGGCCCGGUAAAAACGUGCAGUUAACAGAGGCUGAAAUACGAGGCCUAUGCCUAAAAUCCCGUGAAAUUUUUCUUAGUCAACCGAUCCUUUUGGAGUUGGAAGCACCUUUGAAAAUAUGCGGUGACAUACAUGGACAAUACUAUGACUUAUUGCGAUUAUUUGAAUACGGAGGUUUUCCGCCAGAAAGCAACUACCUUUUCCUAGGAGAUUAUGUUGACAGAGGAAAGCAGGGUAAUCACGAAUGCGCUAGUAUCAAUAGGAUCUACGGUUUCUACGACGAGUGCAAGCGCCGUUACAACAUAAAAUUGUGGAAGACAUUUACAGAUUGCUUCAAUUGCUUGCCAAUAGCUGCGAUAAUAGAUGAAAAAAUAUUCUGUUGUCACGGAGGCUUGAGUCCAGAUUUACACUCUAUGGAACAAAUUCGUCGUAUUAUGCGACCAACCGAUGUUCCCGAUCAGGGUCUCCUUUGCGAUCUUUUAUGGUCGGAUCCAGAUAAGGAGACAAUGGGAUGGGGCGAGAAUGAUCGCGGUGUGUCUUUCACUUUUGGAGCCGAGGUUGUGGCAAAAUUCCUGCAUAAACACGAUUUAGAUCUCAUAUGUCGAGCACAUCAGGUUGUAGAAGACGGAUAUGAGUUUUUCGCUAAAAGGCAGUUGGUUACUCUUUUCUCAGCACCUAAUUAUUGUGGCGAGUUCGACAAUGCUGGUGCUAUGAUGAGCGUCGACGAAACGUUGAUGUGUUCUUUUCAGAUUCUGAAACCAGCUGAUAAAAAGAAGUUCCCGUAUGGAACUGCUGGAACCAACCGACCUAAUACUCCUCCCCGAAGCGGCUUGUCGAAACUUAAGGGGAAAGUCUAA